CAGUUACCGCCAGGUCGCGACCGAGUAAAGCCCGCUGGAAUAACUUAACGCAACUUAAUUCAUAAUACAAUUUGCCUCGUUAUUAUUUAUUGUAAUUUUUCUUAUCAUUUGAAGAGAUACUUUUUUUGCUGAGUAGUGAAGCCGGUGCCUGCAAGUUGAAGCGCAAUGGAGCAUAAAGUAAGCAGUGAUGAGAAAUCUUUUGCCGAACUAUCACCAACCCUCAAAGAGCUGCAAAUUUCGAAGUCAUUCAAACACCUCAACGAGCUCACACCCAAAGAGAAGCAGGACUUUUUCGACUCCUUCGAUGUUAUACUUUGCGAUUGUGAUGGCGUUAUUUUCCAGUCACUGCACGAUGUAUUGCCGGGCUCAACGGAAGCGAUCGAUUAUCUGAAGCGACAGGGCAAAGAAGUCAUCUAUGUCACAAACAAUAGUAUUAUACCGAUCGAAGCGCAAUUGAAAAAGUUUCAAAAAUGCGGUCUCGAGGUGAAGAAGCACGAGAUUGUUCAUCCAGCACAAACUAUAAGUGAUCAUUUGAAAUCCAUACAAUUCGAUGGACUAAUUUAUUGUGUCACUUCGGAGGCGUUUAAGGCGGUGCUGCGUGAGGAGGGCUUUCAGGUGGUGGAGCAGUGCACAACUUUUGUCCACAGUCUUGAGGAGCUGCGCGCCGCCAUUUACAGCGAUGAUCCUGUGAAAGCGGUGAUCAUUGAUGUGGAUUUCAAUUUGUCAGCAUCGAAAUUGAUGCGAGCUCAUUGCCAUUUAAAGAACAAUCCAGAUUGUCUAUUCAUUGCCGGUGCAGCGGAUACGCUCAUCUCGCUUGACGGAAAGGAUGUUAUAGGUCCAGGCCCCUAUAUAUCCGUGGUCGAGAACACUUCAAAGCGUAAGGCAUUGAUUUUAGGCAAACCUGGCGUGGCUCUAAGGGAUAUUUUCAUGGCGAAAUAUAACUUUAAAGAACCUCAACGGGGUCUCUUUAUCGGCGAUAGUCUUGUGACCGAUGUGCGUUUCGGCAAAAUGUGCGGUUUUCAAACACUACUGGUACUAAGUGGCAGCACCACGCGGGAGGAUUUACAAUCAAACCUGCAGGAAAUGGAGACACCCGAUUAUGUAAUCGAUUGUUUGGCCGAUAUAAAUGGUUACUUUUCAUAGCUAGAGACGGUAGCUAAUAAUUGUUUUGUGGUUUGUUUUUCAAUGUUUAUUAUUGUAAUACAAUUUAUUGUUAUUAAAAUAUAAUAAAAAUAAAAAAAUAUAAUAUAUUUGA